AACAUGAAUCAGCUUUCUGAGUAUGUAGAAACAGAUCCUACUGGUCGAUAUGGACGUUUUGAAGAAGUUCUUGGAAGGGGAGCGAUGAAGACGGUGUUCAAAGCAAUCGACGAGAAGCUUGGAAUAGAAGUAGCGUGGAGCCAGGUGAAGCUAAAAGAGGUUCUCCGUUCCUCUGUUGAUCUACAGAGGCUCUACUCUGAGGUUCAUCUUCUCAGCACUCUCAACCACAAAUCCAUUAUUCGUUUCUACACUUCCUGGAUCGAUGUUGAUUCCCAUACUCUCAACUUCAUCACCGAGUUGUUCACUUCUGGGACCCUCCGACAAUACAAAAAUAAGUACAUGCGGAUAGAUAUCCGAGCAAUCAAGUCUUGGGCUCGGCAGAUCUUGGAAGGGCUUGUUUAUCUCCACGAGCAUGACCCUCCUGUUAUCCAUAGAGACCUAAAGUGUGAUAAUAUCUUUGUUAAUGGGCAUCUUGGACAAGUCAAGAUCGGCGAUCUUGGUCUUGCAAGAAUGCUCCGGGACUGCCGCUCUGCUCAUAGUGUCCUCGGCACUCCCGAGUUCAUGGCUCCAGAAUUAUUUGAGGGAAACUACAACGAGCUCAUUGACGUUUAUUCCUUUGGUAUGUGUUUUUUGGAGAUGAUCACCUCUGAGUUCCCGUAUAGUGAGUGUAACAGUCCGGUGCACAUUUACAAGAAAGUUUCUUCGGGAAAGCUACCAAGCGCCUUUUAUAGAGUUGAAGACAUUGAGGCACAGAUUUUCAUCAGGAAAUGCCUCGUGCCUGCCUCACAGAGAGUGUCAGCAAGAGAACUAUUGCAAGAUCCAUUUCUCUCCUCUGACGAGUCAUGGAUGGUGUACGCGAGAGGGGCUGGGAAUCUGAAGCCCUUCUUGAAUGAGAAUGAAAUGGACAGACUUAAGUUGGAAGAUGAUGAGUUAGGAAGGACCCAGAUGACCAUCACUGGGAGGCUGAAGGCUGAAGAUAACACAAUCUUACUGGAAGUAAUAAUCGCAGAUGAAAAUGGUAUGGCAAAGAAAGUGGCUUUCCCCUUUGGCAUCAUGAAUGAUACUUCCGUUGAUGUUGCAAUGGAGAUGGUAAAAGAACUUGAGAUCACAGAUUGGGAUCCAGUAGAGAUUGCUGAAAUGAUUGAUGGAGAGAUCUCUUCUUUGGUGCCUGGUUGGAGGUACGAGGAAGGUGAUGAAACCCCUCAUGUUUAUCAUUCUUCGUCAUCCUCCCAAGCUUCAUUCUCUAACUACAUGACACGAGGCCGUCAAGAUUGGCAACAAGAUGAUCUUCACGAUGAGACGCAUUCUCAGAGUUCUUACAGUUCAGGGUCUUUGUCCAACCUCAACUACACAUAUGUUGAUGAGAACAGCUCCCAACCUCCUGCUGUGAAUAGAACUCACAACGUAACGAGGUUUCGCCCCGAAGAAAGCUAUCAUGUACGUUCUGGGAAAGCCAACAUGCAUGCAGCUUCUAGUUCGAGUAACUUGAGACAGGCUUCAGACAACCGCACACUUCCAAGGAACCGCUCGCUUGCAGACGUGCAGGGCCAGUUACUGCAGCGGUCGCUGACGGAAGAGGCUAGAAUAAGAAGGUUGAUCAGAACUGUUGGAGACGUGGAAGCAGUUGGGUUUCAGCCACCUUACGCGGUUUCCCGGAAGCCACCGAGUUCAAGGCGGUAG